AUGAAUCUAAAUAACGCUCAAAAAGAUGUGAAUCUAGAAACUGGUGAAGAAAUUAAGCGUAAUGAGUAUCGUAAAAUGAGCACGUAUGACUUCGUGCGGCGUGACAUUGAGAAAUAUUUCGCACAUCCGGAAGAAGCGCUCGUAGCUCCUGAAUUAGCUCAACCUCAGCUGCCUAAACCACCACCUGAAUUCGUUCGCAAUGUAUGGGGCUCUGCCGCUGGAGUGGGCAGUGGGGACUUUCACAUUUACAGAGGAAUUAGACGAAGAGAAUAUACUCGUUUAGAAAUGAUUGAAAAAACUGCGGAAGAGGAACGUUUAGAUAGAGAGUUCCAAAUGAAGCAAAAAGCAUUAAAUGAUCUAGCUGCUGAAAAAACUGCUAAGAAGCGUGCUAAGCGUCAAAUGAAGAAAGAAAAACGAUUAAAUAAAAGAAAACUGAAAUCAAAGUCAAAAUCUAAAUCUGGUGAAAACAGCGAUUACUCAGAUGAGCAGUUAGAAAAUUCUGCGCAAAAGGAAAGUAGUGAAUUUAAUAAGAUUUAACGGUCGAAUUAUAAAUUUCACAUUAUUGCUCUUUCUAACUCAUCCAUUACAUUUGUACGUAAUACGUUUCCCCUUAUUUCUGACAAGAUUUAUUCAUGGGUAGUUUAUGGAAUUAUUUAAGAUAAUAUCCUAAUUUUUAUAAGGUAUCCUGUUUAUUUCAGUAAUGCAGUGAGAAGACGAAGGUUAUCAGAAUCAUGUAAUAUAUUUGCGCAAUAUAUUUCAAACAAUGUGAUCACAUAUAUAAUUAUUAAGACAUUUUUAUGCGAAAAAUUAAAGGUCAACUAGAAAAAUUAUAAGGUAAAUGGAAAUAAAGAAUAAUAAAGUACAUAAUGUGAAAACCACGCUGCAUAAUAAAUCACUAUUAUCAGGGUAGGUUAACGGUAAGAAUAAAUUGUCUUUGAACACAUGAAGAGGGUUUCAGUCUCCGUAUAGCCAUGGCUUCAAUAAACCUUAGUGUGCGCUCUUCAAGGCUUUUGUACAACACUACAAAGGCUGACUUGAUAUCAACCUUAUGACCGGUCACAACCAAAUGUUUUGCAAUUGAGGAAGAUGUUUGUCUAUCCUGCUUUGCCUGUAUUGGCAGAAAUAGCUAUAGUUUGCCAUAUCAAAGUCAUCAAUUUUUGUGGUACUUGCAUUUUGAAGACGAAAGAACGGAUCUGUAAAAGCCGGAAAAAUCUUGCUGUAAUGAUAAUAUUCGUCUCACUUCUUUCCCAUACAAUCCUGAUAGACAUAUCACUAAUUUAUCCUCCAUUGUGUUGUCCGUUCAUGAAAGGGAGGUACUUUAUCUGAGUUUUAAUUUUUCUUUUCAUGCAACUCAAAUCUCUGGAGUGACAAUCAUUAUACCUUUAGAAAACCUCUAUGAUCAAUUGAGUACUUUACCCGCUUCAUCCUUAGAGAAUAAAAGUUGGUUUAAAGCUAAACUAGUGGAUAUAGCACACUAGUUUCAUUCUCUUGGACCAAAGCACAGAAGCAUGUUAACUUCGGAGCACAAGUCAUUAAAAUAGUUGUUAAAUAAUGCUGAUAUUAUUAUAGUUGAACAUGAUAAAGGAUCAGAUGUCAUUAUUAUGAAUAAGUCCUAUUACAAAAAUAAAAUGAAAUCCAUUUCCAGUGAUAAAAGCAAAUUUAUGACUGAUGUUGACGCUGAUGGAUUAUGUAAAUUAAAAAGGGAAGUAAACUCAAAUGUAAUCAAAUUGUUAAACACGAAUGCUAUCAACAAAGAGGAGUUUGAUUAAUUAAAACAUAUGGGUUCGGUGUAUCUUAAUUUAUAGAGAUUACUAAAAUCCCAUAAACCCGACACCCCUUUACGUCCAAAUAUAUCAAUUUGUUGGUCACCUACACACAAUCUGGCAAAAUGGCUGUCAAAAGUAUUAAACCCAAUCCGAAACCAAUUUUGUAAGUAUUAUUUGAAUGAAUUAGUUGGAUUAUUUAAGUACCUAAUGAAUAUGAAUAUAAAAAGUCUAUGACAGUGUCCCUAUGAUGUAAAAACUUUAUUUACAAAUUCACCUCUUAGAAAGACUUAAUAUUUUAUGUGAUUAUAUCAUUAAUUAAACCGUUGCCAUUUUCUGUUAAAACUCUUAAACACAUUAUUAUUAUGUACUGACAACAUAAAAUUCAC